AUGUAUCAGGGCAGCCAACGCCAUGUCUCGGGCAACGAUCCCACGAGGCCCUUCCAGGUGCCUCCUCCUCCUCCACCUCCUCCAGCCAUGGCGCCUUCUAUGGUCGGGCCUCAGAUGAACAUGAUGGUGCCGCCUCCCCCACCGAUUCGAUAUGCUGCUGUGCCUGGGCAAGCCCAAGGUGUCAUGAUCCCGCCGCCGCCAGGCCCUCCCCCCGGAGGCGGCAUGAUGCAGACUCCAAACUGGCACGGCAACUUUGGCCGUCUGUAUGAUGGUCGCCCGAGCUACGCCGUGCCUCCGCCGCCUCCAACAAACCAGCACCAGCCCUAUAACCCUAAUAAAUUUCACGCCGCGAUGCAGGCAAUGGCCAUGCCUCCUCCUCCGCGCCAGACCGAUGCCAUGAGCGCGACGUAUAUACCAACGGGGGACACAUAUGGCGAAGGUGUGGGUAUACCGGCGUUCGGUCGAGAGGAACCGCAAACUUCGUGGGCGCAAGGCGGCACGGAUACUGGCACCAUGAUGUCAAUGGAUGAAAGGCAACAGCAAGCGUAUAUGGGAGGAAAUCAGGCCAAGGGGCCAAACGCACCGAAUGCACCGACAACCGCUACAGCGCCAAGCACCAUCCCUCCCGAAAUAGCAGCCCAGUGGCCGCUGGACAAGGUCCUGCUAUGGUUGGCACAGAACCAGUUCUCCAAGGACUGGCAAGAGACGUUCAGAUCUCUGAAUCUGUAUGGCGCGCAGUUCUUAGAACUGGGCAGUGCUCACGGCGGUCGUGGAAACUUUGGUAUGAUGCAUCAGCGGCCGAGAGAGAGAGAAGAGGGAAAGCGUAUGCGGAGGUUAAUUAGGAGUGUCGUUACCGGCCGCCCCGUCGAAGCUUCCAAAGCCGUCCCUGCUCACAGCCGGAAGGAAUCUACAGCUUCCAGCCAACCUUCUAAUCUUCCUACUGCUGGCUCAGAUGCCGCCGACAACAUCGAAUCGACAACGAUGCCACCUGCAAACGGCACUGAUGCGAACCAUAGAGCAGUUUUAAAGGGCCUUGAACUCGGACGUCAGAGUCCUUCUGCUGAACAUGCGGCCAGCCCAGGUGGCAGCCCGGCCCCUCAGCCCACGCUCUUCCACUCGGCCACAACUCCUAUUCUCUCGUCAUCACCAAGCUCAUCCAAGUUUACCCAUCGUUCAAGGAAUAAGGCAAUUGGGCUAAUGAAUCGAGGCAUGAGCUUGGCGGAAUUAAUGUCCGCGUCGAGAAGUCAAGACGGCUACUCUAACAAGCAUGCGGAAUCUCCUUCAUCUGCCAAAGACAACAAGAGUUUCCUUAGUUUCCUCUCCAGGAAAAAGCGCCAGCAAGUUGAUGGCGCCUUUCCUUCGCCGGAUGAUCUCGACUCCCCCACUUCACCAGCGGCACUCUAUAAGCCCGUGUCGACGGCAACUCAUGGGUCUGAUGGCAGAAUAUUCGUCUUGGCCACUAUGGAUUACUGGAACUACCGCAUGUGUGAUAUCACGGAGGCGGAGACUGCCGCGGAUAUUCGUCAAGCUAUCUGCUUGAACCUCGGCCUUCCCGACAUUGAGAGUUCAUUCAUAUAUACUACCGAACUGGGCCAGUUUGAACACACUGAGCCUCUGGAUGAUCAAAAGCUUCUAACCACCAAGCGAGUAAAGGCUGAUUCUGCGGGGACGCUCAAGUUUUUUGUUACUUCACAUAACGCACUAACUCCCAGUCUGAGCAGUGAAGUGCCAACGCUGCUGUCGCCGGAUGCCAUCCCGCCAGGAAUAGAUGCAGAGGCCUAUGCACGUCUCAAUGGACGCCAGAGAUCUAGCUCGUCCCCGCCUACGUCUCGAUCAAACACGCUAACGUCGGAAAAGGUGGAUGAGAGUACCUUGGCUCAAGAGGCGAGCGAGUACAGGGCUGAGAUGGCAAGGAAGCAGCGCGAAUACCUUGCAAAGAAAAAACAGGCUCAGAUGAAGGAGAGCCCGAUUGUGCCGCCUGAAUCCGUUGUAGGUUUUGGUAUUGUGGGUAGGAAUGUUGAUUUCGACCAGCCUCGAAUGUCGCCGUAUGAAGACAGAAAGCCUGAACACCUCCUGCCCCAACGACGACCACCGGCACCGCCAAGUGAUCCAUCCGCAACACUGAUCAAGGCGAACUCACUCAGCAAGAAGACAGGACGGCACAUGAACGGCAACGUUGCUGAAGGUCAUGCAACGCCACGAUACCCUCUGCCUUCCGCUGGGUCGCCUGAAACGGAGGCGUCGGAGAGUGGUAAAAGGCCGCCACAACAAAAGUUCAAUAUACCUCCCGCGGGCAUGGGUGGCUUUGUAGGCGCGGCGUUGGUUGGCAUGGGCAGAAAUCUGGGGGCUAUCGGACAAUCAACGGCCAACGGGCCGCGUGGAGUGUCGCCCAACAGAGUUGCAACACAACCGAUCGCAGCCAGCAACGGCUUGCAGCAGCUGCCGCAAGGGCAACGGCCGCCGUCCCCUACGGAGCUCAGCCCCAGUUCAACCCGGCCGCCGCCCAUGGCAAACCCGUCCUCCCCACCCCCUACCAACCUGAAAUCCCCCGGCCCAGACCUGGACUUUACUGAUACAGACGUCCAAUUUACCCAACCACCUGCUACCCAGCAGCCCUCUUCUGCCCAAGGCCGCCAGCUGCCUGCCAAUGAUAGCGACGAUGAUUCUGACGAUGGUGAAAACACAGACGAUUGGUCCAGGACCGGAAAUGGUUCCCGUCGAACUCCUGGAACCCCCGGCUCAGAAACCUGGGAGUCUGACAAGGAAGUCAAACUUGGCCGCCGCAAGUCGUUUAUUGAGAAGGAUGUGUGGGCUAACCGACCUCCCACCGAUGAUUUGCUCAACAACCUCGACGAUUUCUUCCCGAAUUACGACCUCGAUGAGCCUGUUCUUGAGGACAGCGUCUCAGCCGAGAUGACAACUUCUCCGAUCCCUGAAGUUGAGGAGUCGCCACAGCAGACUGUGCCUCCUCCUGUUCAAGCCCCCGCCAUGUAUCAAGAUAAUAUUAACCCUCCUCCCGCUGUCGCAUCUUCUAGCCAAUCUGUUUAUGACGGAGGGGAUACGCUUGGCUCUGACGAAUCGACUUUGAAGGCCCUGGACCGUCGCCCAUCCAUACAAACAGUGGCUCAAAAGAGCAUGAGGCGAUCUGGCGGUCUUGGGCGUAUGAAGUCCAUCCGUGAGGUUGCUCGGGGUGCUCAUGAAGCCAACAAGCGAUUCACACACGCGCCGCACAACUCGGGCAACGCCACUACUACUGGAAUCAUGCGCCGAAAGAGCACCAAGAUGUUCAACGCAAACAUUGUGCAGAUUCGGCCAGACCAGCGCGGCGGUAUGGUGUUCCCGCGCGACAUCCCACAAGAUACUUUGCCCAAGCGACAGACGACAUUCAGGUGGUUCAAGGGCCAGCUCAUCGGCAAAGGUACUUAUGGACGCGUUUACCUGGGUAUGAAUGCCACGACGGGUGAAUUCUUGGCCGUCAAGGAAGUCGAAGUCAACCCCAAAGCGGCGGGAGGAGACAAGAGUAAGAUGAAAGAACUCGUAGCCGCUCUGGAUCACGAGAUCGACACGAUGCAACAUUUAGACCACGUCAACAUCGUACAAUACCUGGGGUGCGAGCGAAAGGAAACAAGCAUUAGCAUCUUCCUAGAAUAUAUUCCUGGUGGAAGCAUCGGCUCAUGCCUACGCAAACACGGCAAGUUUGAAGAAUCAGUUGUUUCAUCUCUUACACGGCAGACAUUAUCUGGGCUGGCAUAUCUCCACCGAGAAGGUAUUUUGCACCGAGACUUGAAGGCGGACAACAUUCUACUGGAUCUCGAUGGGACGUGUAAGAUUAGCGAUUUCGGUAUUUCCAAGAAGACGGAUAAUAUCUACGGCAACGACAAAUCAAACAACAUGCAGGGAUCCGUAUUCUGGAUGGCACCCGAGGUUAUUCGGUCACAAAAUGAAGGGUACAGUGCCAAGGUGGACAUUUGGAGCUUGGGAUGCGUCGUGUUAGAGAUGUUUGCAGGACGGCGGCCGUGGAGCAAAGAGGAAGCCGUCGGAGCCAUCUACAAGAUUGCAAACGGAGAGACGCCCCCGAUCCCCGAAGACAUCCAGGAGACCAUAGGCCACCUCGCAGUAGCGUUUAUGAUGGACUGCUUCCAAGUGAAUCCAUUUGAUCGGCCAACAGCCGACGUGCUUCUUUCGCAACAUCCGUUCUGCGAGUUGGACUCUCACUAUAACUUUUACGAUACCGUCUUGUAUACGAAGAUUAAGGAGACGUAUAAGUCGGCCUAA